CCCGCGCGCCCGCAGAGCCUUUUCUGCCCGGGCGAGAGGCUCUAGCUUGGCCCGGACCGGAGGAGGCUUUUAUUUAGCGGCGGGGGCGACACGAAAACCCGAGGAGGUUUUUGGCUCGGGAAGCAGAAGUGCUGCUCCCGGGAUUUACAGGGAGUAAAGGGGGAGCAGCGAAGGCACGGGUAAUGAGUGGAAGUAAUAAUUACUGUUUUUUCUGAGCCCUCGCUGUGUGCCAGGCACUGUGCUGAGCAACUUGGGUGGCUCUCCGGUACUCCCACAACGGUCCGGUGAGGUUGAAUUGACCAAAGCAAUGGUUAUGGAGAAGCCUAGUCCCCUGCUGGUCGGGCGGGAAUUUGUGAGACAGUAUUACACGCUGCUGAACCAGGCCCCAGACAUGCUACACAGAUUUUAUGGAAAGAACUCUUCUUAUGUCCAUGGGGGGUUGGAUUCAAAUGGAAAGCCAGCAGAUGCGGUCUAUGGACAGAAAGAGAUCCAUAGGAAAGUGAUGUCACAAAACUUUACCAAUUGUCACACUAAGAUUCGCCAUGUUGAUGCUCAUGCCACUCUGAAUGAUGGUGUAGUGGUCCAGGUGAUGGGGUUGCUCUCUAAUAACAACCAGGCUUUGAGGAGAUUCAUGCAGACAUUUGUCCUUGCUCCAGAGGGCUCUGUUGCAAAUAAGUUCUACGUUCACAAUGAUAUCUUCAGAUACCAAGAUGAGGUCUUCGGUGGCUUUGUCACUGAGCCUCAGGAGGAAUCUGAGGAAGAGGUAGAGGAACCUGAAGAAAGACAGCAGACACCUGAGGUGGUACCUGAUGAUUCUGGAACUUUCUAUGAUCAGACUGUCAGCAAUGACUUAGAAGAACAUUUAGAGGAACCUGUUGCUGAACCGGAGCCAGAUCCUGAACCAGAACCAGAGCAAGAACCUGUAUCUGAAAUCCAAGAGGAAAAGUCUGAGCCAGUAUCGGAAGAAACUGCCCCUGAGGAUGCUCAGAAGAGUUCUUCCCCAGCACCUACGGACAUAGCUCAGACAGUACAGGAAGACUUGAGGACAUUUUCUUGGGCAUCUGUGACCAGUAAGAACCUUCCACCCAGUGGAGCUGUUCCAGUUACUGGGAUACCACCUCAUGUUGUUAAAGUACCAGCUUCACAGCCUCGUCCGGAGUCUAAGCCUGAGUCUCAGAUUCCACCGCAGAGGCCUCAGAGGGAUCAAAGAGUGCGAGAACAACGAAUAAAUAUUCCUCCCCAGAGGGGACCUAGACCAAUCCGUGAGGCUGGUGAGCAAGGUGAUGUUGAACCCCGAAGAAUUGUGAGACACCCUGAUAGUCACCAACUUUUCAUUGGCAAUCUGCCACACGAAGUGGACAAAUCGGAGCUUAAAGAUUUUUUUCAAAGUUAUGGGAAUGUGGUGGAGCUACGCAUUAACAGCGGCGGGAAAUUACCCAAUUUUGGUUUUGUUGUGUUUGAUGAUUCUGAGCCUGUUCAGAAGGUCCUUAGCAACCGGCCCAUCAUGUUCAGAGGUGAGGUCCGUCUGAAUGUGGAAGAGAAGAAGACCCGAGCUGCCCGGGAAGGGGACCGUCGAGAUAACCGCCUGCGGGGACCUGGAGGCCCUCGAGGUGGGCUGGGUGGUGGAAUGAGAGGCCCUCCCCGUGGAGGCAUGGUGCAGAAACCAGGAUUUGGAGUGGGAAGGGGAAUUGCUCCAAGGCAGUGAAUUGCUCUUCAGUUGAUCUUCACGCAGCAGUACAAAUCUCCUAGCUCCUGCAGAAUGGUGAAUUUCUUACACCAGCGUUUGGUAUCCUGGAGUUUGACCCUAGUUUAUUAUAAACUGCUUAAGUUUGUACAAUUUUACUUUUUGUGUUAAUUAUGUGUGCUCCCUUUCCCGCCCUUCCCUCUCCUCACCUUUUAGUCCUUCACUUCCAAUUUUGUGGAAUGAUAUUUUAGGAAAAACAGAUUUUUAAAGAAGAGAAAAAGACUGAAUUUCCUUGCUUUACUUUUGCAUAUACAGACUGGAUUUUUUUUAACAGCCGUUUCCCCAAAGGAAUGUGUCUUGCUUAUUACUGACAUUUGGUAUGUUUCAUUCAUUGGAAUAUUUCUUAUUUUCUAUGUGUUUCAAAAGCCUGUGAGAAACACAGGAUUUGAUAAACAUUUUGAAGGCAGGAAAAAUCCAAAUUGUUUCUUCUUUGAGAGUCAUGACUAUCUUCUGGUGUGUAGAAAUUGCCAUUGGAAAAAUUGACAGUUUUGAUUCUUGCUGGUAUGGUUAAAAUAAAAGGUGUUAGUAGAGUUUUUUUUUUUUUUUUCUUUUAAUAUGUGAUCACAAAACAAUUAUAAACCUGUUUUUACCAUUUAAAUUGUGAGAAAGGUUUUAAAUGUCUAGAAUGCAACUGAUCUAGAUUUCUUUUGAAGUAGUUUUUUCAUGUUUAAUUUGUAUUUGUAAAAAAAACAAAACCCAAAAACAAAGAAACCCCAAAAUCCAAAUAACACAAAACCAGAGCAAAACUGUUGUGCCUUCUAUUUAUCUUUGAUUCCAGCCUUGGCAGUUGUUUAAAGAAAAAAAAAAAAAAGUCUAGAUUUGUUUUAUCCAGGUGUAGAGUAUGUUGGGAACUGAAGAAUCCCUCUUUUACCUGGUAUGUCUUCUGUUCAUUUGUUACGCCUUAUUCUUAAAAUUGAGUCUCAAACUGGAAUGCCUUUAAGGACAGAUACGCUUCUAUGAGAGGUCCUUUGACCUAAGUAGUCCAGCAUUUGUAUUAAGUUUUAUUUCGGUAAAUAUUCGGAAUCCUAAUCAUAGCCCAUAAAAAGGAAUAUGACUUUAAUAUUGGACUUUGUGCUUGAGUGUCUGCCCGUUUUUUUUUUUUUUCUUUAAAUCAUAGCCAUAUGGUAAAUUUUCUAUUUUGUUAUGGUUCUCUUUUAUUGAUGGGCAUGCAGUGGGUGUUUCUUGGAAAUGGCCAAUUUUUAUUAAAAUAUUUCUGGAAGAAAAUUUAAUCUGGCAGUAUAGACUAAUAUUCGUUUUACAUAGUAUGUUAAUUUUUUGAGUGCCGUGUGUGAGAUGGGUGAAGGUUUUGUUUACACAUUUGUGAAGCAAGCCUUUGUGUGAUAAGUUGUCAUACUAAUUGAAGGGCAACGAGGUUGUCAAAUUUAACUUAUUUAUUUUCUUAACAGUGUUCAUCAUUAGGACUGUUUGAGGAUAGUAUAUGAGUAGGAAUAGGAAUGUUUGUUUUGCUGUUACUGGGAAACUCAAGGAUUGCUGAAGGGUGUAGUCUUAAAAUGAAGUUCGAUAUUAUUGGUCCUCAGUACCUGAAAUAUUUGAAAAUUGGCAACAUCUCCUUCAUAAAGAAAUGUAACUGAGUCGCAUGGCUGUUUUUGGGUCAGCUUAAAUAACUAUUUGGUAACCACUUCAUUUGGCCCAGGCCAGCGAUAAUUGGAAGACAUUCAACUUGUACUUUUGUAGCUUAUAUUAAGCCUGUGGUGGAAAUAAAAAAACUUAGCUGGAGUUGUUUUUGAAAAAAAAUAUUAAGUUGUAGUAACUGUAAGGUCAUAAAUUAUGGAUAACCUAGAAAUCAUUUUUCACAAGUAAAUGUUAAUCCAUA